AUGUGCUAUAAUCUCAAUCCGACUGAAGCUAUGGAUCCUGCUCCUGCACCUGUACGACGAGAUUCUGCUGAAGAACUAUACAACAAUUAUGUCGGGGAUGAACUUACAGAGCAGUACUAUGCCCACUUGCAAAACUCCCCGGAGCUUCUCCAUCAGUUUUAUAAAGAUGAAAGUACGAUUACACGCCCUGGACUUGAUGGAGUAAUGCGUUCUGCUACCCUACCGGAUAUGAUUCAGGAUCUUGAUAUGCUAUCUUCUGGAGGUUUCGAUUCGGUUGAGGUAACCAGUGUCAUAUCCCAAGGCUCUCACAGUAGGUGUAUCUUCGUCGAUGUUUAUGGCUAUAUCACUAUACGCGAGAGACCUCCAAGAUACUUCACACAAAUUUUAUUUCUUGCUCCCCAAGAAAACGGCUACUUUGUUUAUAAUGACAUGUUCAAGUUUCUUGACAUAUCCGAGGUUAAUGCAACCAUUCCUUCUGCUAAUGCUGCGGUAACUGAGGGUAAAGCCAUUUGCAUUAAAAAUCUUCCUCCAUAUACAACCAUUGCCUCACUUGAGGAAGAGUUUACGCAGUUUGGAGAAAUCAGAAGAGGUGGAACUGAAAUUAGGUGGAAAAGGAGCUUUUCUUAUGGCUUCGUGGAGUUUAAGGAAGAAAAUGCCGCCCAGAAGGCAAUAGAGGCGUCUCCUAUAAUGUUUGGUGGCAAUAGAGUUUACGUGGAAAGGAAGCGACCUGACUAUAUGAGUUACUGGGAAACUCCAUCCUCUGGACCAGGAAACAUACGCAGAAGCGUGGAAAGGAGAGGAACAGAAGCUCCUGGUAAUAAUGGAGGUAACGAAGUUGCAGAUGAAUCACUGAGAGUUUCUGAACCAACGGAUGGUACUGAAAAUCAAGAGUCUCAAGAGUUAUAUGACAGUUUUGGAAUUUACGUUAAAAAUCUUCCUCCAAAUGCAACCAUUGACUGGUUGGAGAAUGUAUUCACGCGUUUUGGACUAAUUAAAGAAGGAGAAGUUACAGUUUAUAACCCUGGGGGUUUGGAAAAUUGGUAUGGAUUUGUGACGUUUGUGGAAGCAGAUGCUGCCGAGAGUGCAAUAGAGGCGUCUCCUAUACGGAUUGAUGGGCGAAAACUUCUAGUGCAGAAGCAGUUUAAUAGGGGAGUGCGGAAUCGAAACUGA